AUGUGGUAUUCCGGAAUUUUAUCUUUUCUGAAAAAUGGUACCCUUGUUUCUUCCUCCCAUUCCAGCAAAGCUACAAAUGCUUUACUACUAUUGGGCAAGGUGGCUACAUAUGCCUUGACGCUAACUGGAUUCUUCUAUUGCCAAGUUAACCCAGCACUGAGACCUGAGGGUGUAAUUAAGUGGCCUUCCUCUGGGCACUAA